AUGGAUGCCUUCGACGAGGUCCAGUUUCCCGGCAUGGUCAACUUUCCCACGUCCUCCGGUGACGCCUACGCGUCUGGCGCGAAGUCUGCCAUGGAUUUCCUGGUUGACGCCGACAAGUGUCUGCACUCGCAUCGCCAACCCAUACUCCAGCCUGUCGGUACCAAAGGCUCCCUUCAUCUCAGCCUAGAGGGCUUGUACUGCCUUGCGGGCUUGGAGCCUCAACCCCAUGCCCACCCUUUCGUCUCGCCACCACUCGCCUUCCAUCAUCUCCUUUCCCUCACCUCGAUUCCCCCCUGCGAUACAUUCCUCUUCUCAUCGAUCUCUUCGUUCCCCCCAAACUGCAUACAACCCGCCAUCCACACCCUACCCAACAUAGCCUUUCGCGCUCACGCCACUCCUUAUCAUGUCUGA